AUGGUGGUCAAUCCAGCUAUACAGUCGCGGUGGGCACAAAUACCUCAAGAUGUGUUGGGGGAAAUUUUCUUCGAGACGAUCCCAUACCCCGAGGAAGAACGCUUUGCGUCAGCGCAAAACUUAUACGAAGACCCAACAACUCCAGCUAUGCUUUCUUUGGGCAUCAGCCAUGUUUGUCGUCAAUGGCGGCAAGCUGCGAUUAGCUUCCCCAAGUUGUGGUCUUUUUUGGACGUGGUACAAGUAGAGUGCGAGACAAAAGAAUCUCGGGUGGUGAAGCUCAUGGACACCUACCUGCAACGUUCCGGUAGCUAUCAACUGACAAUUGUACUUGGCUACAACCAUUCCACGCGCCAUACGCUCCUCAAACGACUCCUUCAAGCGUCAAAGCGCUGGGUCACGGUCUGUAUCGACGCAUAUGGCUUGUACGAGUCAUCUCCUACGUCCACCAAUCUUACGAGUGAACAAUGGAAUGCUAUCGAGUUCCCGGCACUUAAAAACUUAGUCGUCUUUGACUUUACCCAGACCUACACGGGAUCCUGCUGCUCCGAGGCGGGAAGCCAACCCAAAGGGACUCUAGUUCAAAAACUUCAAACUUGCGACAUCAUUCGGUAUUACAACUACUGCUCACAUCCCGACUUGGAGUUCCAAGACGACAUCCUGCACUUCGCCGACAAAGCAACGCUCUUGCGGUACGACUUCCGAAAUAUACCUCCCUCCCUGCAUGAAUUGGCCACUGCCACUCUUGACAACCCGGACGGCGCGCGUCAGUGCGGGUUUUCAUGGCCCAAACUCCGGUAUGCGAUGUUGAACAUCGAGUCCGACGACAAUAUUGGGGGUUUUCUGCAUUGGUUUACCUUUCCGGAGAUUCGCGGCUUAAACCUGCGCUUCGGAAGACGCGUGUGGACCACGGACACUGCGCUCGUCGACAUCAAAACAAUUCAGUUUUUGAUUCCCAACUACUUCGCCAACCUGAGGGUACUUCGACUUUGCGGAUAUAUGGACAUGUCCAGCAGAACUUUCACCAUGCUGAUUCCUACUCUUCAUCGAGUCACCGACUUGACAAUAGAGCUGGGACACCGGUCUUCCCACAAUGUCCUCCAACUCGCCAAACUCCUCACUGACACACCGCAUAUACUGGUCCCACGAUUGAAGCAUUUGCGGUUAUUCGCCCACUCCGAGAUCCCUCGUGCUCACGCCGACGCAUUUGCCGACAUGCUCUCUCUCCGUUUCGGAGGCCUCGCUUUGGCCGUUAAAUUGCGGUCAUUCGUCUUGUUUGAAUUCGCUGACAAUCCCACUGCGCCGACCUCACCUCGGACGCUGCUUAACAGACUGACGGAGUUGCAAGCCCAGAACCACGAUAAAUGGGACGUUCGGAUUGAAGUAGCCGAACUCAUUGAUCUAUGGCAAGCACCAUUUGGAGGGGAGUUUCUUCUCGAUAUUUGA